GAACCACAAUUGCAAUCCUCUCUCCACCUUUACUCCUUUGUCUCGCUUGCCCUCUCCAACCAAAAAUAACCGCCUUGUCACCUUCAAACAAUCAACGUUCCUAAACUCCACACCUUCUGAAGAGCCACCCUCGCGUGUUUCUGCUGAAGCGCUAGAGUGAUUGUUGAUAUUCUACCCCGCCAUCCAAACGGUGACCUGCAAGCCAUCAACUCCUCUCCGAUAUACUUCAGAACGCCGCCACUUCACGAGAGCUUACCUGGGGAAGCUUUGCACCACCGUCCCGUACGCUACAAUGGCCGCUUUGACAAUAGAUGAGCUGGAUCUACAUGUCCGCAUGUUUUAUGAAGGGACAGGCGCUGAUGUUGGCUCUUCCUGCAACUUUUAAUAUCUUGCUUUGCUGACUUUCCCGCUAGAGAAAAAAUGCUCAACUUGUUCUCAAUCAGGUACGUAUCUCUGGAAACUGGUAAGCGUUUACCGUCAGCUUCUCGAAUACUGAAUACGGCUUCUAGUUCAGCGAGAGUCCGGAUUCAUGGACCAUGGUUGAUAAGAUGUUGGAAUCGGCAAAUUACCCUGAAACGAAAUGUAUUUUUGAUCCCGAGUUUAUGCUCGAUUGCUGUAACUUGGCUGAUUUUUUUAGUUCUCGGGCUACGAGUGCUGGAUCAAGUCAUCCAGACACGAUGGAAAGUGUUGCCAAAGGAACAGAGACAGGGUACGGAUUACCCGAACAAAGGAUUUAUCCUCACAAAAUCGAGACUCACAGCAAGCCCUAGGUAUCCGAAACUUUGUCGUCGGGUUCAUCAUCCAGGAGUCGUCUACUCCCGAGAAUCUGCACCAGAAGAGAAUAUUGAUCAACAAAUUGAAUCUGGUUCUGGUGUCAAUACUGAAGCAGGAUUGGCCUCACGACUGGCCCGAUUUUAUCAAUGAAAUUAUUAGCUCCUGUCGGAGCAACCUUUCUAUCUGCGAAAAUAAUAUGGCUAUUCUGAGACUUCUUUCGGAGGAGGUGUUUGAUUUUUCAGCGGAGCAAAUGACACAAUCUAAGACUAAGAACCUUAAAACGACUAUGUGCCAGGAGUUUUCCUCGAUUUUCCAGCUCUGUUCGGAGGUUUUACAAAUGGCAGAACAACCGAGCCUCGUAAAAGCGACGUUGGAAACGCUGCUUCGUUUUCUUAACUGGAUUCCCCUAGGCUAUAUCUUUGAGACACCUAUUAUCGAGACCCUACGCACUCGCUUCUUGGAACAGCCCGACUUCCGCAAUGUGACAAUGAAGUGUUUAACUGAGAUCGGUGGUCUUCAGGUUAAUCAAUUUCAGUAUGACGAGAAACUGGUUGAGAUGUUUACAAACGUCAUGACGACCGUUUCUAAGAUUGUUCCUUUAUCAACCGAUCUCCGUUUUGUUUACCCAUCCAGCAAUACCAGAGAUCAGGAAUUCAUUCAGAAUUUGGCCCUUUUCAUUUGCAAUUUUUUCACUCCUCACCUCAAGGUAUUUAUAUCACCAAUCUGAAGACUAUAGCGUGGAAUAUCGCUCACUCGGUUCCGGUUUCCCAGCUUAUUGAGAAUCUAUCAAAUAAAGAUUAUCUUACUCAUUCGCAUUUCUACCUCAUCCGGAUAUCCCAAAUUGAGGACCGCGAGAUCUUUAAGAUCUGUCUCGAGUAUUGGAAUAAGCUUGUCCAAGAGCUCUAUGAAGAGAUGCAGUCGUUGCCCAUUACGGACAUCACUCCCCUUAUUAGCAUGGCUCAGAUUGGGGUUACCGGGCUUGCUAGCGGGGGGGGUGCUGUUCACCCUAAUCAUCAUGCUAAUUUCCCACUCAGGAAGCAUAUGUACGCCGAAGUCUUGUCAAACUUAAGGCAGGUGAUGAUCGAGGGAGUGGUUAGGCCUGAAGAGGUAAGUUGAUAUAUACACUUUGCGAUGAAGUAGAUCUUCACGAAUUGCCGCUCACCCCUCAUAGGUUUUAAUUGUAGAGAACGAUGAGGGGGAGAUCGUUCGUGAAUUUGUCAAGGAGGGUGACACUAUACAGCUCUACAAGGCCACUAGGGAGUGCUUGGUCUACCUUACGCAUUUAGAUGUUGUUGACACAGAAAACAUCAUGUCGGAGAAACUUGCUAAACAGGUUGAUGGCUCUGAAUGGUCAUGGGCUAAUUGCAAUACCCUCUGUUGGGCUAUUGGGUCAAUAUCUGGGGCCAUGAACGAAGAAACGGAGAAGAGGUUUCUGGUUACGGUGAUUAAGGAUUUGCUCGGCCUCACCGAAAUGAAGAGGGGGAAGGAUAACAAGGCGGUUGUUGCUUCCAAUAUUAUGUAUAUCGUGGGCCAGUACCCCCGAUUCUUGAAAGCUCAUUGGAAAUUCCUAAAAACCGUUGUCAAUAAACUUUUUGAGUUUAUGCAUGAGACGCACGAAGGUAAGCUCUUGUUUCCACUUGAUUUAAUCUGUCUAAUCCUGCUUAGGUGUCCAGGACAUGGCAUGUGAUACCUUUAUCAAAAUUGCUCAAAAAUGCAGGCGCCACUUUGUUGCCUUGCAACCAGGAGAGUCGGAGCCAUUUAUCGAUGAAAUAGUACGGACAAUGCAGACCAUUACUCGGGACCUGUCACCGCAACAGGUUCAUACCUUCUAUGAGGCAUGUGGCUACAUGAUUAGUGCACAGGGUCAGACGGGAAUACAGGAGCGUUUGAUUCAAGAUUUGAUGGCACUUCCCAAUCAGGCCGUAAGUUCAAGCGUUUUUAAUUCCAGUUUUAAGCUUUUCACUGAGUAGCUAUCUAGUGGGACGCUAUUAUCCAAGAGGCCACCUCAAAUCUUAGUAUCCUGGAUAACAAUGAGACAGUCAAGGUUAUUGGCAACAUCAUGAAGACUAAUGUGUCGGCUUGUACCUCAAUUGGAAGUUACUUCUAUCCCCAAAUUGCCCGCAUUUUUAUGGAUAUGCUCUCGAUGUAUCGACUUGUUAGCGGGAUGGUCUCCGCGGGUGUAGAACGAGAGGGUAUGUGUUCGGAUCAAUCUCCUGGGACUUGGUUAACGGAAUUCAGGUCCUGUGGCGCCAAAGAUGCCUCGUAUCCGCGGCCUACGUACGGUGAAGAAGGAGAUUCUAAAACUUAUCGAUACCUAUGUCCAGAAGGCGGAUAAUUUGGAAGCAGUGAACAACAACAUGGUUCCACCUCUAUUGGAUGCCGUGCUUGUUGACUAUAACCGCAAUGUUCCAGAUGCCCGUGAUGCCGAGGUUUUGAAUGUUAUGUCCACGAUCAUCAGCAAGCUACAUGGUCUAAUGGAGGACAAAAUCCCAAUCAUCAUGGAGAAUGUUUUCGAAUGUACCCUGGAAAUGAUCAACAAGGACUUUUCGGAAUAUCCAGAGCACAGAGUGGAGUUUUUUAAAUUGCUCCGCGCAAUCAAUCUGAACUGCUUUAAUGGUGAGCUAUGCUAGAUGGAUUCUCAUUGAGAUAUGUUAGCUAAUUGGGCUUGUAGCCUUGCUCAAACUUGAUAAUCGCCAAUUCAAGUUUGUCAUUGACGCGUGUCUCUGGGCUAGCAAGCACGACAACCGUGAGGUCGAGGCUGCUGGCUUAAAUAUGUGCAUCGAAUUGAUCAACAAUAUCGCCGAUACAAAUCCAGAGACCUCCAGCGCAUUUUUCCAGCAAUUCUUCAUUCCAAUACUACAAGACAUUUUCUUCGUCCUUACGGAUACCGACCAUAAAGCCGGUUUGUAUACCGUUUGCCGCUAUUUGGAUUGGAAGUAGGAGCUGACUCUCUUUUAGGAUUCAAGCUUCAGGCGCUGCUUUUGUCCAGGAUGUUCUACUUUGUGGACUCUGGCAAAGUUCAUGCACCUCUUUACACACCUGACCAAGCCCCGGCUGGCACGUCCAACUCGGAGUUCCUUAGAGAAUAUGUUGCUGGACUUCUUCGCACGGCCUUUUCACAUCUUCAGCCGUAAGUCCUAUAUACAUAUCUUUAAUUGAUUAUUUCCUAAUUCAGCAAAAAAAAUUUAGGGUUCAGAUCAAGACGUUCGUGGAUGGCUUGUUUGCUUUGAACAACGAUCUCCCUAAGUUCAAACUUAAUCUUCGUGAUUUCUUGAUUCAACUGAAGGAGUUUUCUACGAGCGAUAAUACCUACCUUUUUGCAGAGGACCGAGAAAUCGCAGCUGAGGAAGCCAGGAAGGCCGAGAGAGAGAAAGCAGCGAAGGUUGGUGGGUUAUUAAAACCAAGUGAAAUGGAUGAUCAUGAUGUUGAGCUGUGACUCACCGAAGAGAAAAAUGAUCUUCCACUGUCUGAUCCCGGUCGGGUUGUCUUUAAUCCUGCUAGUACCGGUAAUUGGGCUGAGGGUUGGUGGUGGGAGUGAGUACAAUUAGACAGUGCAAUUGCUCGCCGUUCCUACAUCUGGUUUUCAAUGUUGUUCUGCCGUUUGUUCGCUAUCCAAUUUCCGCUCUGUUGUUAGGCCCUUUAAGGGCGCAAGUGUUUGCAAAGUUGGUAACAUGUUUCAUUCAUGCGUUUUUUUGUCAAUAGUUGAGGGGGGCGCUCGGUGUAAGCGAGAGCAGUAAAGGUGGAACAUGAUAUCAUUAAAUUAUGGUUUACAACUAAUUCUCUCUAUCUUCCGCCAAUCCAUGCUUGAUCACUCGGAGAGAUACCGUGAGAAGUGUACCCCGAGGUGAGCUAGACCGCAUGCACAUCUCUUGUGCGAAGGCUAAACAAGAACUUAUUGGUGCAUAGAAGAGGGAUGGUUGUCGGGGGAUUUGCCGCGAGCUUGUGACGGAAUAGUUCAUUCGCGUUAAUUAAGAGUAGCCCCCGCUGAAUUCCAUAGAUGCGGACCAACUU